CCCGCGUGCGCGUGCUGGAAACCCGGCGGCCGCUUCCCGGCAGCCCGUCCGCGGCGGCAAAACCGCUGGAGCUUCAUGGCGCCCUUGUGUUUCCAUUAGCGGCUCCCUCCUCCCCCCGGACAGCCCCGGAGCGGCGCACGCUUGGCUGCGCGGGGCAGGGGACUGGGCUCGGAGCCCUGCCCGGAGCGCGGCCGCCGCCCUGCCCAGGCCGCUAAACGUGCGGUGCAAAGUCCAUGCCAGCGGCCGCAGGAGCCGCGCAGGGGGCAGGGGGCGGGAGGCGCCCGCCUUGGGGAGGCAGCCGGCGCAGGGACGGAGGCGACAGCGGCAUCUCUUCUUCCCCGCCGAGGCUGCAGCAGACGGACUGCUCUGCAAUGACUACAGCCAGAUACAGGCCUACCUGGGACUUGGUACUUGACCCUUUGGUGUCCUGUAAACUCUGUCUUGGGGAAUAUCCCGUGGAACAGAUGACAACAAUAGCGCAAUGCCAAUGCAUCUUCUGUACUCUGUGCCUGAAACAGUAUGUGGAACUUUUGAUCAAAGAAGGUCUAGAAACAGCAAUUAGUUGCCCUGAUGCUUCCUGCCCAAAGCGAGGUCAUCUACAAGAAAAUGAGAUUGAGUGUAUGGUUGCAUCAGAAAUCAUGCAAAGGUACAAGAAGCUACAGUUUGAAAGAGAAGUGCUUUUGGAUCCAUGUCGGACUUGGUGUCCAUCUUCUGCCUGUCAGGCAGUUUGCCAACUACAAGAAUCAGGGCUACAAAAUCCCCAGCUGGUCCAAUGCAAAUCUUGUGACACAGAGUUCUGCUCAUCUUGUAAAUCCAAUUGGCAUCCAGGACAAGGCUGUCAAGAUAAUAUACCAAUCACCUUCCUCCCAGGAGAAACAAGUUCUAUGUAUAAAAUGGAAGAUGAUGAUGCUCCCAUCAAACGUUGUCCAAAGUGCAAAGUUUAUAUUGAGCGAGAUGAGGGUUGUGCCCAAAUGAUGUGUAAAAACUGCAAGCAUGCCUUUUGCUGGUACUGUCUGGAAUCUCUUGAUGAUGAUUUCCUCCUUAUACAUUAUGACAAAGGACCUUGUCGAAACAAGUUAGGUCACUCCAGGGCAUCUGUUAUCUGGCACAGAACACAGGUGGUGGGAAUCUUUGCGGGAUUUGGUCUACUGCUGUUAGUGGCCUCGCCUUUCCUUUUACUUGCUACUCCAUUUGUCCUUUGUUGCAAGUGCAAAUGUAAUAAAGGAGAUGAUGACCCUCUACCUACCUAGGUCAUGAGAAGAUGGGACUCAUUACACACACAUUUUUUCCCCUCUUGCACUUACAUUGUUGUAGCCUUACUUCCCCUAUCUUGCUUUUCUGUGACAGUGCCAUGAUUCCAAGAACUGUUGUUAGUACAGUUACAUAGACCAAGUACUAAUAGUCAGGUAAGGUAGUGGAAGGCAAGUCAGGUGUUUAGAGGAUGUUGUGGAACAAGAUAAGUGUCUGAAAUUAAGAGAUGAAGAUACUCUAGAUAAAACUAACGGUUUCAUGUUGCCCACAGAGGCCAUAUUGGUGGACUAGGAACUGAGCUAUGUUACAUCAGCAAAACAACCUAAAAAUGAAUCAAAUCAAAUGUUUUCACAUAUACAUUUGCAUCAAAAUGAGGUGUCUUAUUCAUAUUCCUAUUUGAGUCACCUAUCAUUUAAAUGUGGCUUUAAUAUAUCUGUUUAUUACAACUGUGUUUUUAUUAAUAUUGCAAUGGCUAAAACCUUUUUCAUACUUAUUUUUCCAAGGAUAAUGGAAAUCAUUAAGGUGCAUAUUGGCCAUCAUAUGCCUUUCUUGAAUUUUGGGGAGGAUACAGCUGGAAUUGCUGCCUUUCAGGAAUUUUAGGAAGUCUUACAUGCUAUUUGUUCAAUCGAAAACUACAUUUUUAAAAAUAAAUAUAUGAAAGCUGUAAGGUUGAGUGGUGUCACAAACCUGCUACCUAAUCAAGAUUCUUUUAAAAAUGUGUAGUUGUUAUUGAUUACCACUGGAUCACCAGUCUUUCUCUGAAUGGUUAAUUUUUGCUGUUAUUAAGGGGUCUGGUAUGCUUACAGGGCUACAUAACUUCUAAUCCAGGUAUCUCAAUCUUUUAUUUAUAUAUUA